UACCGCGGUCUUCUCUGGUUCUUCGGCACAAGCAUCGGUCCCUCGACAUAGUUAUCGGAGAUUGCGACGGCUGUACACGCUGCUUCUGUGGAUGAUAGACGCGAUAAUCCAAUUCGUAGGGGCAGCUUUCAUGGCUGAACUAGCCAUUUAAUGCACCCAUCUUCUAUAUAAAUCCCCCCCCUCCCCGGCCUCCUGCUCCCGGGAAUUCAAGCUCUCGUAGGAUGUCCGGAUCCUCAAGCCUGGAUCAGAUCUCUUUGAGCAGCUCAAACACCCUAUUCUUCGAGAGAGUGUUCAGGUGUACGGAUAGAAUGGGAUUGAGAGACAUAGAAUCCACGCUGCCACCGGGGUUCAGGUUCUACCCGAGCGAUGAGGAGUUGGUCUGCCAUUACCUCUACCAGAAGGUGACCGAUGGAUUUAGAACCUCGGAAGGGACGAUGGUAGAGGUGGAUUUGCACACUUGUGAACCAUGGGAGCUUCCAGAUGUGGCCAAACUGAGUGCCAACGAGUGGUACUUCUUCAGCUUUCGCGACCGCAAAUACGCUACGGGAUCGCGAACAAACCGAGCAACCAAAUCUGGCUACUGGAAAGCCACCGGGAAAGAUAGAACGAUCUGUGAUCCAAGGACACAGGCAAUGGUUGGGAUGAGGAAGACGCUGGUGUUCUAUCGAGGUAGAGCUCCGAAUGGAGUGAAGAGCGGCUGGGUCAUGCACGAGUUCCGAUUAGAGACCCCCCAUUCACCUUCCAAGGACUGGGUUCUGUGUAGAGUCUUUCACAAAAGGAAGGGGGACUCGGAGCAUGACGAAGCUGGUUCUUCUUCUCUCGUAUACCAGCCGACGAUGCCUGAUGCGUGCCAUGACCAGCAGCUGGGCUCAUCACUCUCUGCUGCUCUCCUACAGCAGGAUGACACCAGCCCAAACCCCUUCCUGAUGAACAUGGCACUGCUGCAGUGCAACCUUCUUGACCUCCCAGAGGAGAUGAUGGGGAGCGCACCGAUGGCGGGGAUGAGCUCAGGGUGUGAAGAUGAGUUCGGAUGCUUGUCGGAAUUGGGAUUGGAGCACAGCAUUGGGGAGGAAGGCAUGGUAAGGUGGGAGGGGUAGAUUAAUCCUACCCUUGGGAUGGACCAGUGGGAUUGAUGUGGGAGUUCUACAUGCGUCCAACAGUAGACUUAAAUGUUGAUUUGGAUUUGUAGAGAGUGAUCGCAAUAGAUUUGUGUAGGAUGUUAGCUAGUUGGAAUAUUAUAGUACUACAUAAUAUCAUUUGUAAAUGCUUCUAUUUCUUGCUUUACAAAAGCGAGAAGAAAAUUUAGAUUUGUUCUUUCUAA